CUGGAAGUGGGCGGAGAAGGCGGAAGUGGACAGCGGCUGGAGUGGAGCAGAGCGGCGAUCCAUGGCGGAGUCAACCGGCACCACCACCACCACCACCAUGACCACCACCACGACCACCACCAUGACCACCACCACCACCGCCGCCGUCACGGCGGGGUCUGAGGGGGCCAGCGGGGACCCCGCGGACCCCGCGUGGAGAGGGGUCCCGGGCGAGGGAGACGCCGCAGCAGCAGCAUCGUCAGGCCCGACCGGCAACCUGGAGCCUCAGUGCGCCCCCCUGGACGGCCUGGAGGAGGUCCUCGCGUGGACGGAGACCACGAGCGACCCGGACUCUGCCGCUUUCCGGCGGCCCAUCGCGCCGCUCGCUCCCCGCUUCCCCACAGUGGACCCUGGGGGGCCCCGCACGCUCGUGUGCCACGACAUGAUGGGGGGCUACCUGGACGAUAGGUUCGUGCAGGGCGUGUGCUCAGACGAGCCGUACUCGUUCUACCACUGGGCCCACGUGGACCUGUUCAUCUACUUCAGCCACCACACGGUGACGGUGCCUCCCGUGGGCUGGGUGAACGCGGCACACCGCCACGCCGUGCCCAUCCUGGGCACGUUCAUCACGGAGUGGCGCGGCGGGGAGGAGGCGUGCGACCGUUUCCUGCAGGGCGACGAGUCCGCGAGGGCCCUGGCCAAUCAGCUGGUGCGCAUCUCCACGUUCUACCAGCUCGACGGAUGGUUCAUCAACAUCGAGAACAACGUCCAGCCGGAGAAGGUGCCGGUGCUGCUGGGGUUUCUGCGCUACCUGCGGGAGCGCCUGCGCGCAGUGUCGUCCCGAGCGAUGGUGCUCUGGUACGACAGCGUCGUCGCGAGCGGCCGCCUGGACUGGCAGAACGAACUCAACGACAAAAACCGGCCAUUCUUCGACGCGAGCGACGGGAUCUUCCUCAACUACGCCUGGACCUCCGAGGGGCUGGGCCGCAGCGCUGAGCUCGCCGGGUCGCGGCGCGCCGAUGUCUACGCCGGGGUCGACGUGUUCGGCCGGGGGCUGCCCGGGCGCGAGGGCUACGCCGCCAGAAUAUCCAUGCAGGAGAUCUGGAAUCUGCGUCUCUCCGCUGCCAUCUUCGCCCCGGGCUGGGUCUACGAGAGACACGAGCGCCCAGACUUUCACAACCACCAGCACCGGUUCUGGAGCGUCAUGGUGGAGCACACAAACCCACACAGCGUCUCCACCCUCCCCAUCGCCACCAGCUUCUGCCGGGGGCAGGGACGCAACCUCUACCGGCGCGGCACGGUGUGCCGGGCGGGGCCGUGGCACAACCUGAGCGCCCAGAACCUGCAGCCGAUCUACACGGACACCAGACACUUCAACCCCGAGGGCGCUCCCGAGGGCGCUCCCGGGGUUGCCGCGGUGGCGCCCGCGCUGGAGAGCCACGUGUACGUGCGCAGCGUGACGGACGUGGCGUUCGAGGGGGGCGGCUGCCUGCUGGUGCAAGGGUUGCUUGCUCCUGACAAGGCCCGGCUCGCCGUGCGGCUGCUGAGCGUGAUGGUGCAUGCUCCGCCCACUCUGCUGCUCUCCUACGUGUACCGAGUUGGGGGGAGCAGCAGCGGAGAGGCUGGGGGGGGUGCGGCGGGGGACCCGGUGAGGCUGGGCCUCGAGCUCACCACCAUGGACAGCACCAAGUGCACGUUCAGCAACGUGUCCGUGCUGCACGCACCGGUCACCACGCACCGCCCGACCGCUCUGCCGGUUGGCGACGCGGUCUCGUGUCGGCUGAGGCAGCAGUGUGGGGGGCUGCCCCCCCAGAGCUGGACUCAAAGGUGCUACCUGCUGGAGCUGCGUGACUGCAUGCUGCAGGAUGUGUUCGUCACGGUGGAGAAGGCCCCCGGCGUGUCGGGCCCCGUGUCCUUCCAGUGCCACCUGGGCCUCCUGCAGAUGUUCGACGCGAGCGCGCUGGCGCGGGGCUGGGAGCCGUUUGGCGACGUGGGGCUGUGGGACGUGACCUGGACGAGCGGCGCCGCCCCGGCCUCCCUCCUGCUCAGCGCCACGCUGCGCUGGGACUACCCGUCGCUCCGCCUCGCGCGCUUCCGCGUCUCCUGGAGAACCCUGCCGACAGCUCACGGUGAAGCCGCCGCCGCCGCUACUGCCACCGCCACCGCCACUCUCGACGAAGGAACGGCCGAGCCAGCACUGCUGGGCGAGGCGUUCACCAGCGUGUACCGUGUGCACGAGCUGCUGCUGCCGUCCCAGGUGGGCCCCGGAGAGGCUCUGCUCGAGUUCCUGGUGCAGCCGGUGUCUCUCGAGGGCUUCGUGGCGCCGUGGAACGAGUCCGGGCGCGUGCAGAUCAGCUACUGCGCACCGGCGCGGGAGGUCGGCUGCUAGCGCCGCCGCGGCUGCGGCGGGGGCAACGGCGCCACCUGCCCCAGCGCCACUCGCAAUUACCUACUAUAAUCACCCAGAAAUGUCACUCCACAUGAGGCCCACCCCCGCUCAUUAAUACUCAUGAGUGGGUAUGAUUUUUACACUAACGCAGAGGAAGGGCGAGCUGAAUUAAAUAAUUUAUUACACAAAGCCGCUUCAAACGACGUUUCUUGACAAAAAGUGACGGUAAAAAAAUCUAUGCAGCCGCACAGCUACAUCCGUGCGUGACGUCACUGCAAAAGAGGCCACCCCCCCCCCACCUCAUUAAUAUUCAUGCCCUCGUGGAAAGUUACACUAACGCACAAGGUCGCGCACUCCACAUGCUGCUCCCCUCCCUUUAUUAAUAACCAUGAGCGGGUGAUGUCACUCCACAUGCUGCUCCCCUCAUUAAUAAGCAUGAGGGGGUGACGUCACUCCACAUGCUGUACCCCUCUACAUUAACCAAUAGCGGGUGACGUCACUCCACAUGUGGCAACCCCCCCCUCCCCCUCAUUAAUAAUCAUGAGCUGAACAAUUUUUCUAUUGAAUAUUUCAGAUUUACUGCAAUAUACACCCGUCCUUGGACGGGCAAAAAAGCCAGUCGACAAUAAACUGCUCUUGCAAGAACUCGGUGCCUCCGCUUCGAUGCCUGUGUUUGGUUGCUGUCAGGGCAGCGAAACAAAGCUACUUUCUGGCAGAGGUCGCAAACGUGUUUUGAUUCCUUAGCCUUACCCGGCCGCACCAGGGUCGCAAACGGGUACCCGUACCCGGCCGGGUACGGGUAGCCGGGUAUCGGGUAGGGUACGGGCAUCGGGUACGCGAUUGCGACCUCUGCUUUCUGGGGACUCAACCGGGACACAUUCACUAUUUUAUAAAAUCUGUAUCAGGCAAGGCCCCAAUGAGCAGGUGAAAAAUCUAAACGCAUGUUUCUAAAUGUGGAGGGAUAGACCAGGGAACCCGGAGAAAAAUGCGCACGACAACGGGGAGAACACGCAAACUCCAAAUAAACAGCAGGCGUCAGGGUCGGGAUUGAACCCACGACGUUCUGCAUACCGGGCGAGGGAGUUCACAUUUUGCCACCACGAUGCCCCACACGGCGAGUUGGAUACCCCUCCCUUCGUGCCGACUGCCCACUUUUACAUAACCAUGCCGCACACAGCAAGUUGCCUCCUGGCACUUUCGGAACUAUGACUCCACCCCACUACUCGGGAAUUCCCACCAUUACUCCCGCACGAGUGAAGCAUGCGGUUGGAAUAUUUAAACCGGGGGGUGAAAUCCUGAUGUUUUCAAUCGUGACCGGAGACACCGGGGUUGGAAGAGAACUUUCUUGUACCAACGGGACCGUCUCGCUCCAAACCCGGGAGAAGUUUGGUAGCUUCGGGCUAAGGUACCGGCGGUGUACUCCGCUGGCCGUCGCGUUCAAACCCCGAGGCUUUCCCCUUGACAAAGAUACCAAGCAUCUUCUUGGUUCUUUCGGUAAAGUCACGUAGAAGGGAAAUA